AUAAGCGUUUUUUAACUGUUCCAUGUCCAGUUGCUGUCCAGAAGCCUUUUUUCAUCAUCAGAAAUGCAUACAAAGCAUUUUCCAUGUAUUCAAAUGGACCCAGUACACCAGCACAGUCAAUUCCAGGUUUCAUGUGAAAGAAAAAAUGGUAGAACGUGCCGCAUUAUGCUCAUGAUGGGAUCCACAGUGAUCCAUAGUGAAUACAACCAGAAAAGAUAGGUAAAUAUACACAUACUGCUCUCUCUGUUUCUGCUCUCUCUAUUUCUCUCAAAAUGUCUGAAAUAGUUAAUUUUUUACUAUUUUUCAGUGCAUUCUGGGCAUUUGGGAAGGUCUCCUGAGGUUAUGUUUUAAAAACGCUUCUAAAUGCAAACGCACAUAAAUGCGCAUA